UGGAGUAAACGAAUGAACAAAUGAAUGAAUGGAAUUGUGUGUGUGUGUGUGUGUGUGUUGGUGACUGUGUGUUUGUAUGACUGUGUGUGUGUCUCUAUGUGUACCUGCCUUGUAUCAUUGUAAGUGUGUGAGAGUGUGUCUCUGGAUCUCUGAGUGUGUCUCUGUGUUCCCAACAUAUGUCUAUUUUCAUAUGUUUUCAUAUGUGUCUGUUUUCUAUGUGUCUAUCUGCAUGUGUCUGGUGUCUGGAUUUCCAAACACAAAGGUACAUGUUUUUAGGACUUUCUGAGGGUGCAUAUGUGUAUCUGCUUAUGUGUAAAUGUGUCUCUGUCUCUGGCCUCCUUGGUGUAUCUGUGAGCAACUCUGUCUCAGUGUGAAUCCGUGUGUGUGUAUCUGCACAUAUGUUUCUGUGGGUCGCUAUGCGUGUCUGUUGGUCUCUGUGUAUCUGGGACCUUAGCUGUGUAUUGGGGCCCUGUAUGUGGGUGUGUAGGAUCAUGUGUGUGUUUUGUGUAUGUGCCUCUCUGUGUGUGUGUGUGUGUGUGUGUUGAGAUCUCUGGUGUAUGUCUGAUACUCUAGGUAUGUGAGUGUUGGGGUCUGUGUGUGUUUCUAUGCCUGGAUUGAUACAUGGUCCAGUGUCCCUGGGUGAGUACAUAUCUAGGAUCUUGGAGUGGCUGUCCUUGGGUGUGUGUGUGUGUCUGGGCCUCUAACUGGGUUCAUGUGGGGGGUCUCUGAGUGUGUGUGUGUGUCUGGAUUCCCGUGUGUGUGUGUGUGUGUGUGUGUGUCUGGGUCUCCAGGUGUCUGCCUCCUGUGUGGCCCGAGGACCCCCAGCCCCCUGCACCUCCUUUUGCAGGACAGCUACUGUCUGGAGGAGCCUGGGCCCCUUCUGGGGGGAGGAGUACACGGUGCACCUGCCUCUGGAUUUCCACCAGCUGGCCUUCUACGUGCUGGAUGAGGACACUGUCGGGCACGACGACAUCAUCGGCAAGAUCUCGCUGAGCAGGGAGGCGAUUACAGCCGACCCCCGAGGGAUUGACAGCUGGAUUAACUUGAGCCGAGUGGACCCAGAUGCAGAAGUGCAGGGUGAGAUCUGCCUGUCAGUGCAGAUGCUGGAGGAUGGGCAGGGCCGCUGCCUUCGCUGCCAUGUGCUUCAGGCCAGGGACCUGGCUCCCAGAGACAUCUCUGGCACAUCUGACCCAUUUGCACGUGUGUUUUGGGGCAGCCAGAGCUUGGAGACCUCAACCAUCAAGAAGACUCGCUUCCCGCACUGGGAUGAAGUGCUGGAGCUGCGGGAGAUGCCAGGUGCCCCGUCCCCACUGCGGGUGGAGCUCUGGGACUGGGACAUGGUGGGCAAGAAUGACUUCUUGGGCAUGGUGGAGUUCUCUCCAAAGACCCUCCAGCAGAAGCCACCUAACGGCUGGUUCCGCCUCCUGCCCUUUCCCAGAGCCGAGGAGGAUUCUGGGUAAAUGUCGGUGCAGAGGGAGGGGGCCAGGCUGGAGCCAUGCCGGGCAGCAUCCACAGCUUGUGGGCAGAGCCCAUGCCAGCCCACACAUUAUCACUAUGCCACUUCAUGCAUUCAUCCAUUUAACAACUGUCUAUGGAAUGUCUCUCAAGGUGUUUACGGGGACCCUGGGUGCCCUGCGAGUGAAGGUACGCCUGAUUGAGGACCGCGUCCUGCCCUCCCAGUGCUACCAGCCUCUCAUGGAGCUGCUCAUGGAGUCUGUGCAGGGGCCAGCAGAGGAGGACACUGCUAGCCCCUUGGCUUUGCUGGAAGAGCUGACCUUGGGGGACUGCCGCCAGGACCUUGCCACCAAGCUGGUGAAACUCUUUCUUGGCCGGGGACUGGCUGGGCGCUUUCUGGACUAUCUCACCCGGCGUGAGGUGGCUCGGACCAUGGACCCCAACACCCUCUUCCGUUCUAACUCCCUGGCAUCCAAGUCGAUGGAACAGUUUAUGAAGCUCGUGGGCAUGCCCUACCUGCACGAGGUCCUGAAGCCUGUGAUUAGCCGCGUCUUUGAGGAGAAGAAGUACAUGGAGCUGGAUCCCUGCAAGAUGGACCUGGGCCGCACCCGGAGGAUCUCCUUCAAAGGCGCACUCUCGGAGGAGCAGAUGCGGGAGACCAGCCUGGGGCUGCUGACGGGCUACCUGGGGCCCAUCGUGGACGCCAUCGUGGGCUCCGUGGGGCGCUGCCCGCCCGCCGUGCGCCUCGCCUUCAAGCAGCUGCACCGGCGCGUGGAGGAGCGCUUCCCCCAGGCAGAGCACCAGCAGGAUGUGAAGUACCUGGCCAUCAGCGGAUUUCUCUUCUUGCGAUUCUUCGCACCUGCCAUCCUUACCCCAAAGCUGUUUGACCUUCGGGACCAACACGCGGACCCCCAGACUAGCCGCUCACUGCUGUUGCUUGCCAAGGCUGUGCAGAGCAUCGGAAACCUGGGCCAGCAGCUGGGCCAAGGCAAGGAACUGUGGAUGGCCCCCCUGCACCCCUUCCUGCUGCAGUGUGUCUCACGUGUGAGAGACUUCCUGGACCGGCUGGUGGAUGUGGAUGGGGAUGAAGAAGCUGGUGUCCCAGCCAGGGCCCUGUUCCCGCCCUCGGCCAUUGUUCGAGAAGGCUAUCUGCUGAAGCGCAAGGAGGAGCCUGCCGGCCUGGCCACGCGCUUUGCCUUCAAGAAGCGCUACGUCUGGCUCAGCGGGGAGACCCUCUCCUUCUCCAAGAGUCCUGAGUGGCAGAUGCGACACUCCAUCCCCGUGUCUCACAUCCGCGCCGUGGAGCGCGUAGACGAGGGCGCCUUCCAACUGCCCCACGUGAUGCAGGUGGUGACGCAGGACGGCACGGGGGCGCUGCACACCACCUACCUCCAGUGCAAGAAUGUGAAUGAGCUCAACCAGUGGCUCUCGGCCUUGCGCAAGGCCAGCGCCCCCAACCCGAACAAGCUGGCCGCCUGCCACCCCGGUGCCUUCCGCAGCGCGCGCUGGACCUGCUGCCUCCAGGCUGAGCGCUCAGCCGCCGGCUGCAGCCGUACACACUCGGCUGUCACCCUGGGGGACUGGAGUGACCCACUGGAUCCUGAUGCUGAGGCCCAGACAGUGUAUCGGCAGCUGCUCCUGGGGCGGGACCAGCUCAGGCUGAAAUUGCUGGAGGAUUCUAACAUGGAUACAACUCUGGAGGCAGACACAGGGGCCUGUCCUGAGGUCCUGGCCCGGCAAAGAGCAGCAACUGCCCGCUUGCUGGAGGUGCUCGCAGACCUGGAUCGUGCCCACGAGGAGUUCCAGCAGCAAGAGCAAGGGAAGGCGGCCCUGGGCCCCCUUGGCCCCUAAGGAAAUGCCAGAGCUAGCCCGGAAGGAGGAGCAAGAGCCAGGGGGCCCUCUUCAGCGCAUCCUGCCCCGGGAGUCUCCUGUCUCCUUGGACCUCUUUGAUUCUGUGGUUUGGAGGCUCCCAGAGACGUGCCUAGUCCUGUGUGCCUUGAGUCCAGAACUCAGGGCAUGGAAGCCCUUUGGCAGGGGCCAGCCUUGCACUGAGUGAAACUUGCCCUCUGGCUUGAUUCAGACUGGAGUGGAUAGGAUAAGGAACCUGACUUAUUUGACUGAGAAUGGGUUCUCUACUUCACCAAACUGGCCUCUAUCCAUACCAAGGAGGCCAGCCUGGCCCUGAGCUGCUGGAUACAGCUGGACCUGAAUUCCUGAUGCCCAUGUGAUGUUAUUGCCCCAGAUGGGCACUAAAUGGCCUCACUCCUUCCUGUU